AUGAACGGAGGACCUAGUACACCCAACAAACCAGUACUGAGGUCGAUACUGACCGAUACAGAUUACGCAAGUCUGCGAGAUAUAUGUAGGAAUCCAAGAGAAAACCUCUCGACAAUUGGAUACACUGAGCAAAACAGACUGACCAUCCAAGAAAUCAAAGCUAUUCUUGACUGGCUGAGAUCCCACAAGGGCCUAUAUCUAGGAACCAAAUCAAACUACAAGAAAGAGAAUUGGAUUGAGGCGCUGAGGGCUGCCGUCUUUCCUGGUUAUGAAAGGACCGACGUCGCUGCACAAAGAUCCCCACAAAAUAUACACGUGCCCGAUCUCUCUCGCUCAUCAAGUGCUGCUCCAACACCACCAGCACCAGUUACCAUCAAUAUGGGUACUACCCUAGAACAAAUUGCCGCACGACCAUGGGAACAGCUGUUAGAAAGGAACUUUCACUCUUUCACAAACUACUUUUAUGUCAUUGAAGGCGAACUGGGUCGUACGGUCAUGAGUCCAAAUCAAGGAGCUCAAACCGUCAACAUCCGCCAUGAUCGCAACAACUAUCGCAUGCUCAAUCCAGAAUAUAAUCCAACAGAUCUUCCUGGAAUCUUCAGAUUCUCAAGAAAGAACCGUGUCUUCCUUUACGUGUGUGGGGCCGACUUCAAUCAAUACAAUCACUUUCCCGGGCCUCCAAGGACUCCGCAAGGCCCAGGGAGAAUUUUGACGGAAGGCUUGUUGGGGCAAUCAUAUGGUCAACUAUUACGAGUUAACGGGAUGAUAGUGAAUUUGAAGCUAACCAAAGGCAGUCUACUCCAACAAUAUGUCGAUAUCUCUGACAGUAUACCGGCUUCGAUGCCACAAGCAGAUAUAACGAGAGUUUCCUUGAAUCUUCCCGCUGUUGGGUGCAUGUUUGCAUUCGCAAUGAGAAAGAUGACUGACGACGAAAUGCUAUCAGUGUUGUAUGCACAAACUCUUAAACAUCUAGGGCAAAACUUCCUAAUAAUGCCGACCGACCCUCAACAACCCUUCUUUGAACGAUUACAAUUCAAACGCCCCACCUCACCUCUCAAAGAGCUUGUUUCCAAAUUGGAUGCCUUGUCUUGUGGAUCCAAGCUCAAUGAUGGAACAAUGGCUGGUGCUGAUGACGAAAUCCAAGCCGGUGAUACUCAGGUGACUUUCAAGUGUCCAGUCUCGUUGAUGAGGAUAGUGCACCCCGUCAAGUUUACCAAGUGCUCUCAUCUUCAAUGUACUGAUGCUUCGUCCAUGCUGUCGCUAAUGGUAGGGAAUCGCAAGGAGACAUGGAAGUGUGUAGUUUGCAACAAAGAAAGCUCUCCCAAGGAUUUGAUUAUUGAUGGCGCUUUCCGAGCUGCUCUCAAUCGCUAUCCAAAUGACGAAAGGUGUAUUGUUCAUCCCGACGGCAGUACAUCUCCCUUUUCAAGUCAACCUCCUCCCAUUACGGUCCACAAUGUACUUACUAGUGUUGAAGAUUCAAAGAUCAAUAUUCUUACUGAUGAUGGUGAUGAUGAUAUAGUCAUUACGAGCUUCACGAAGAAACCUGCAAAGAUCGUGGAAGUUAUCGAGAUCGAUUAA